UCGAGGCCAGUGGGAGUCAGAUCAGGGCCGACGAAACGAAUACAGGGACAACAGAUAUGAGAGAUCAGACCGGGAUGGAUAUAGGGACGGAAGAUAUGAGAGGACGGGUUGAGAUGGAUACAGAAGUGGCGGAUAUAAGAGAGGAGAUCGACCCGAUGAUUCACGCAGGCGAUACGACCGAGGAGACCGACGUGAUGAUUCACGCGGGUGGUWCGACCAAGGAGACCGACGUGAUGAUUCACGCGGGCGAUACGAYCGAGGAGACCGACGUGAUGAUUCACGAGGGCGAUACGAACACGGAGACCGCCGCAAUGACUCGCGGGGCAGGAAUGAGAGGGGGAUACGGCGCGUCGUCCGAUCCGUAUCGGAAGUCCCCUGACCCCAGAGCAGCGAGAGGUUCGACCUCCAGAGGCGUGGACGAAAGGCCACCCACCCCCAGGAACUCUUGCGUCUACUGUAGAGGGGAUGAUCAUAUCAAGAGAGAUUGCUCGGACCUUAAACGGGCAAUAGAUGAGGGGCUUGUCGUGCUUGACGACCGCAAGUACGUCAAGUGGGCAGAUGAUCUGGGAGAUGAAUCGAUGUUCCCUUCGAUGAAGGAGAAUGUCGAAGCAAGGAAAGUAAAGCCGAGUAAAGGAAAGGAACCGGUCAGGGGUCAGAGCAUCAAGAUAACUUUUGAGGGGGAUAUGGCGACCACACCCAUAAGGGUGGCAGCCACCAAGUCGGCGAAAGUGUCUACAUCGAAGAAGACUGACACGGAUUACGUGAUGGCAGAGAAGGACGGAGAACGGAUCGAUGGAGAGGAGGUUAUUCUUUCGCCGCGGAAGCGGGGAGUGAAGAAGUUUUUGAUGAAGAGUUCGCUGGAUGAGAUUGACACGGUCGAGCCACUGAGGUGGGCCCUUCGGCAGCCCAUGUAGUGCUCUAUUUUAGAAUAUCUGGCGGCAUCCU